UCGUUAUCAAAACAACCCGCAGGCUAGCGUCAACCAAAGGCAUAGUGUGGUCAAGUAAUCGUGGUCUAAUUGUAUCGAAUAGAAAAUGGAUAUUGAUUUUACCGGGAAAACGGCGUUGGUAACUGGAGCAGGAAAAGGAAUUGGUAAAGCAACUGUUAAGUUAUUGGCGAAAUGUGGAGCAAAUAUUAUUGCACUUUCAAGAACAAAAGCUGAUUUAGAUUCCUUAAAACUGGAGGUUCCGACAAAAUUUACACCAGUCGUAGCGGACUUGAUGAAGCUGGACGAGGCUAUAAAAGCUAUUGAAGCGACUGGGGAACAUAUUGAUUUGCUAGUUAACAAUGCAGGUUUGGUUAUUCUGAAGGAAACAAUUGAUGUCACUGAGGAAGAUAUUGAUAGGUCGAUGAUUAUCAAUGUCAAAGCACCUAUUCGUCUAAGUCAGCUUGUUGCUCGUGACCUAAUCAAAAGAGGAACGGGUGGUGCAAUCGUGAAUGUAUCGACAGUUUUGACACAAAUUAAUUCUGCUGGACAAAUACCAUACACUAUGACAAAAGCUGCGAUGGAUAACGCGACAAUGGCGAUGGGUGUUGAACUUGCUAAGCACAAGAUCCGGGUGAAUAGCGUGUUACCUGGUUUAGUUGAUACGCCACAUGGUAAUCAGUACCCACCAGAAGUUGUACAAAUGGUACUUAAAAGAUUUCCACGUGGGCAAAGAGCAGGUGCUGAUGAAAUAGCCGAUACUAUUGUUUACCUGUUGAGCGAUAGAGCAAGCAAUAUAACAGGCACCAAGAUUGUAACAGAUGGUGGAAUGUUGGCAAACUGAAGACUAUAUUUAGGUGUUUUAAUGUUGCGCACUACGAAACGAAAGGGGACAAUGAUCUCAACAUUUUAAAUUCUUGACAAACCUUUAUGCCUGACUGAUUUUGGAGACGCUGCAUGCAAUUUAUAAUUUUAAAAUGAUACUUUCCUUGUGUGAUACGGAAAAGUGUUACAUAAUGGACGGGAAGUUCCUAUUGAUUUCAGAGGAUUAGAGGAAUGCCGGCAAAUUUUAUAUAUUUUUCCUCAUUGCAUGGUCUUUUCUCUGUGCUGUACCAAACCAAUUCAACCCGUGCAUUUUUAUUUAACUAUCAUUUAAUUGAUUACUUUUUAAUAUUUUACUUUUUUAUUUUAUUUUACUCUCUAUUUUAGUCUCGGAUUUAAUUUAAAGUUUGGCGAGAGAUCGCUGGAAAUA